AUGACCUCAGAAGUUGAUCAAGUAACCAAAAAAAUUAAAGUGGAAGAUACUUUGAAGGUAUUUUUACGCUCAGAGAAAGCAACGACACCCACAAAGGGUUCCUCAUUAGCAGCUGGUUACGACUUGUAUUCGUCAGAAGAAGGUGUCAUUCCAGCCCACGGACAAGGAUUAAUUGCAACUGAUAUUUCUAUAAUUGUUCCAAUUGGUACCUAUGGUAGAGUUGCCCCUAGAUCAGGCUUGGCAGUGAAGCAUGGGAUUUCUACAGGAGCUGGAGUUAUUGAUGCAGACUAUAGAGGAGAAGUUAAGAUUGUGUUAUUCAAUCACUCGGAGAAAGAUUUCAACAUUAGUAAGGGCGACAGAAUUGCUCAAUUAGUUUUGGAAAGGAUAGUCAACGCUGAGAUUCAAGAGAUUACUGCCGAUGAACUUCAGCAAACAGAAAGAGGUGAAGGCGGUUUUGGUUCAACAGGUAAAAAUUAG